GCCAUUUUGGCCAUUCAACUCGUUCGCUUGAAUAGCUCGAAUCUGGGAUGUCGGCAGCCAUGCUGCGCCUCUUUGCGGUGGGCCUGAGCCUGUGCUAUGCCGAUGAAGUGUCUGACUACCUCAAACGCCGCGACCAGUUCCUGCAGCAGGAGCAGUCGAUGGCGGAUGGUGCAUCGGAGCAGCUGACUGAGGACGAGCAGCGGUUUGACAAGUGGCUGGGCUCAACUGUGCAGAGCCUCAUUUCCCAGUACAAGAAGGAGCGCUUGGUGGAUCACUUCGUUCCAGCGACCUACUUUCCGAGAGUGCGCGAACACAUCGAGAACACCACCUUGUACAAGAUGCUGCGGGCCAUGCCCAAGGGGGGCGCCCUCCACUUGCACUUCGAGUCCGCCUCCUCUUUGGAAUGGAUCGUUCAGCGCGGUAUUGACCUUCCGGGAUGCCACGCCUACUGGCCGGAAGGCAAUGCCACGAAGGUGCCGUUGGGCACCUUGGCCUUCUUCAACGCCACGCAGGCCAAGACGCCGGGCUUCCUUCCCAUCCCGGAGCUCCUGAAGCGCAUGCCCGACUUCCGGCAGCGGCUGCUUCGGAUGUUGACCACGCACCAGGAGGACGAGAAGCUGACCUCCCCACAGAUUUGGCAGAAGUUCCAGGACGUCUUCACAAGGGUUGGCCAGUUCUUCCAGCUCCGCACCGUAGUGGAGCAGUAUUUGGCGGCCACCGCCGAGGAGUUUCUGGCGGACGGGGUGCAGCACGUGGAAAUCCGCAUCAACCUGUUCUCUGACUCCUCGGGGGACUUGUUUGACCUGGAUGGCCGCGUGUACCGAGGAGCUGCCAAGCUGGACGUGUACGAACGCGUGAUCCAGAAUCUGCAGCAGAAGCACCCCCAGCUCUCUGUGAAGCUCAUCGGAUCCAGCUUCCGCUUCAAGCGCCCGGAGGACCUUCGCAAGGACUUGGCUUUGGCCCUGGAGGUGAGGAAGCAGCGCCCUGACUUGCUGGUGGGAUGGGAUGCGCCAGGUGAAGAGGACGCCGGCCGCCCCACUCUGGACUAUGCACGACAGCUGCUGGACAUUCAGAACCAGUCCCGCAGCGCCGGGGUGGAUUUGCCGCUGAUGCUCCACGACGGCGAGAGCGAUUGGUCCACCACCAACGCGGUGGACGCGGUGCUGUUGGGGACCAAGCGCCUGGGCCACGGCUUCAACAUCGUGGGCCACCCGUUGCUCAUGGAGGAGGUGAAGUCGAAGGGUGUGGCCAUCGAGGUUUGUCCCAUCAGCAACCAGGUGCUGCGCUACAUCUCGGACCUGCGCCUGCACCCGGGCCAGCGCAUGCUGCAGAACGGCUUGCCAGUGGUGCUCUCCUCGGAUGACCCGGGCAUUUGGGGCGCCAGGGGCUUGAGCCACGACUUCUGGGAGGCCACGGUGGCCUGGCAGUUGAACACCAAAACCCUCAAGGCGCUGGCCUCCAACUCGAUCCAGUUCAGCGCCCUCCCGAAUGGGGAGAAGGAGAAAGCCAUGAGCUACUGGAGCCAGCAGUGGCAGCACUUUAUGGCCACCUGGGAGUCACAUCUUGUGACUGGGGAGAUCGUGGUGUGACCUGGUGAGAGCUGCAGGCGAAGGGCAUGGCUUCUCUGCGGUUUGCCUGAGAUGUGGCUACGCUUUGCCAUGACGAUGCGUGACAACUGAGUUGUGCGCGUUGAACAAGCCUGUGCAGCCUGGGGCCUCUGGCAAAGCCGCAUGCCAAGCAAGCGGCGAAGGUUUCAGCUUUCACCAGGGAGGCUGAUUCCUUUUUCUUAGACGGACCAAGGAUUCUUUGGAAUGCAUCAGGUCCAUGAAAGGUGCUCAUGUCGUACCCCGUUGAGGUCGCAACUUGUUUGCUGGCCCAGUUAGCC